AUUAAUCAAGUAAAUAUCUAUAUAGAUUAUAGAAUACUAAAACUCAGCCUGAGCCAGGAUAUAAAUGCACAACUAACGUGCUAUCGAAACUAAAACGAGGGAAACAUUCCUUUGUGCUGCACUCGAGUAGCUAGCUAGCAAGGAAUAGGAGUGAGAAAACAGCUAUGGCUUCUUCUUCAACAGUGAGCAGAAUGAAUCCUAACAAGCCUCAUGUCAUGUGCAUCCCUUACCCAAUUCAAGACCACAUCAAGCCAAUGCUUAAACUGGCAAACAUUCUCCACUCAUUCGGCUUCCGUAUCACCUUUGUCAACACAGAGUUUAGUCACAACAACUUGCUCAAAUCUGGGGCCCUCGAAUCCAUUGCCAACCUCCGCAACUUCCGCUUUGAAACCAUCCCCGCCAUCCUCCCUCCUCCGGCCUCCACCACCACCACCCGGGACUACUACCACUUGCUUUGUCAGUCUGCCCGGGAAAAAUUCUUGCCACCACUGCACCAUCUCAUUACGAGACUGAACUGGUGCAAGACGGUGAGUUGUAUCGUAUCAGAUGGUUUGAUGCCUUUCAACAUUAUGAUUGCAAGAGAACUGGGGAUCCCUGGCUAUCUCCUUUGGGUUCCAAAUGCUUGUGCCUUCUUGGGAUACCUCCGAGAAAAAGGUCUAAUGCCGCCUAAAGAUGAGCAACUGGACAUGGUUCUAGAUUCGACCUCCGUAUUGAAAAACAUCCGUCUGAGUGACAUCCCACAUGCUAAGCUAUACGAGAAUGGCUUACCCGAGGGAGAAGCAGAGGAGGCUUUCCAAGCUUCGGGUAUCAUCUUCGAAACAUUCGAAGCUCUGGAACAUGAUGUUUUCGAUGCAAUCAAGCCAAUGUUUCAACAUGUGUACGCCGUUGGCCCCCUCCAAAUGCUGCUCAACUUGGAUUCCACUGGCACCAGUGAUCAUCUUGAAUCAUUUUCCUUCAAUCAACAUGGGGACGAAAUCCAUUGCUUGAAAUGGCUAGACUCCAUGGAACCCAAUUCAGUUGUAUACAUAAGCUUUGGUGAUCUCGCGGUCUUUACCCCGCGACAACUAUGUGAGUUUGCCUGGGGCAUUUGCAAUAGCAACCAGCCAUUUCUUUGGAUGAUUACACCAGAUUUUGCCAAGGGCCAAUUGGCAACUCUGCCACUUGAGUUCUUGGAAAAGACUAAAGAAAGGGGUCUGAUAGCCACAUGGUGCCCCCAGGAGCAACUUCUUGCCCACCCUUCAGUGGGAGUGUUCGUGAGUCAUUUUGGGACUAGCUCAAUGCUUGAGAGCAUUUGUGCUGGUGUGCCCAUGAUCGGUUGGCCGUAUUUUGGUCAUGACCAUCAAGUGACCUGUCGGUACAGCUGUAACCGAUGGGGUAUCAGGAUGAAGAUCAACGAGGAUAUGGAGAGGGAAGAAGUGGAAAGCCUAGUUCGCGAGUUGAUGGAGGGAGACGAGGGUAAAGCGAUGAAGAGGAAGGCGAUGGAGUGGAAGAAACUAGCAAUUGAGGCCAACAGUAAAGGUGGGUCAUCGGCGAAAAAUUUCAACAACCUUUUGAAGGCAUUAUCACGAUCACAAAACUUCAUGGGUCAUCAGAUUCUCAGCUCCUUAUAAUAAGUUUGGUAGGUUAGGUUAGACAAUGUUACGGUUCUUUUCUUUUCCUGUCGUGCUAUGAACUGCUCAAUGAGGUUGGUCUCCAGAGGAUUAAUGGAGGUACACGUAAACUGGCCACCCUAAAACAUCAAAAGGUUAGGUUAGUCAGUGAUAUGUAUCCCUAUAAUUCUGAGUAAUGAGUGUUCUUAAUUUAUUAGUCAGUUUGAAUU